CUAAGUCCAAACGGUCAGCUGUUAACUUACUUCACUAGCUCACCGACCGCCUGAUCCUUCCCUGACCGACAUCCUCACUAAAACAGAAACAUGUGGAAGCCAAUAGUCGCACUUGUUGUCCUUGGUAUCACUCUUCAAACAGCACAAUGUCAAAUGGCAAAUGCUAUGGAACAGAUAAUGAGUAAUCCCUUAUUUAUGAUGAGUAUGAUGCAACAAAACAACAACAACCAAGGUUCGAGUAGCUCCUCUUCAGGAAGCGGAAAUGCAUCUGGAGGAACCGGAAACAGCUUCUCUAACUUGCUCAUGCAAGCUGCAAUGUUCGACAUGAUGGAGUCCGGCGGUAUGGCCGGUAUGGCCGGUAUGGCCGGUAUGGCAGGCAUGGCAGGCAUGGGAGGUGCCGGUGGUAUGUCGGGCAUGCCUGGUAUGCUUGGAGGUAUCAACCCCAUGAUGCUUGCUGCUGCCAGUGGAGAAAUGAACCCAAUGAUGAUGAUGAUGCCAGGAAUGGGAGGAAUGGGCGGUUUAGCCGGUAUGAUGGGAGGUAUGGGCGGUAUGGGUGGUAUGGGAAGGAUGAUGGGCGGUGGCGCAAGAGGCAUGGGCAGACCCACAGCAGGAUCAAACAGAGUAGGAGGUGCAGCAGGCCGAUCUGCAACGUCCGGUUAAUUAUUUGGACUAUUUUCUUAAUUAUUAAAUUAUUUUUGUUGUAAUUAUAUAUUAAGUAAAUCAACGCUGUUUAUUGUUGGAAGAAUAAAUCGAGAAAAUUCCUAUUGUU